CAACAUCUGACUCAUUUAUGUGUCGCUACUGUUCCUCGCUAGACUGACAGUGAAGAGUUACAACUACAGCAAACCUGUUCGGGCUUACUUCGACUGGAGACAUGACCAAAGAGACUGAGACUCUGGGACUGGUCUGUCAGAGUGAGAAUUUCAACUACAACCUUUACGCAAACUACUUGAUGAUGGACUCCUGGCCGUGCCUGGAAAGCCCUGUUCCCGAGCCAAACCACGCCAAAACCAGACUCCACACAGGAGACGACCUCGCUGCCCUAACGGUGCUUUAUGAACAGUGCAAGAGCCAAAGGGAGCAGAAAAUUGCUUCCUGCCACCGCACUGGCAAUUUGUACAAACCAACAGAGAGGAGUCUGGCCAACGCCGCUGAUCUGAUUUCGUUGGAUGCGUCCUCCAAUGCCAUGAAGAUUCUCCCUGAUACCAUUUCCACAAGUCACCACCCGGAGGUUCUGUUAUCAAAGCAGACCAUCUCCCUGCCCACCCCCUCCGACUCGUACGCCACCCUGACCAGCGUGGUCCAAGAUCCCUUCGACAAGCAGGAGCUCAGCAGUAUCUUCGACACCCUGCUGCAGAAGUGGCCAGAGUCCGGUGCUUUCCCAGACCCCAGCACAGAGACUCUCCCCUACAGUGAUCCAUUCCCCGAAAACACAUCCAGCUCUGUCUACUCGGGCUCCUACACCAACUCCCCACCAGAGAGAAUCAGGAGCGAGUUCCAGUUUUCCCUCGGAGCUCCCGCGGCGUCCUCUUGCAAGUCUAACGAGCUUCCCAUGGUGUACCUGAACAAGGGCCAGUUCUACCCCAUCAGCCUUCAAGGUGUGGACAGCAGCGCCUGCCUCACUGCCACCAAAGUCAAAACGGUGGUGAUGGCUGUGUUUGAGAAUGACAAGACCCCAGAACAGCAGCUCCGCUUCUGGAAUCACUGGCAUGGACGCCAGCCGACCGUCAAGCAGCGGGUCAUUGACAUCGCGGACUACAAAGAAGUGUUCAGUGGCAUCAGCAACAUCGAGGAGGUUGCUUUCAAUGCUCUGUCUUUUGUGUGGAACCCCAAUGAAGAGGCCAAGGUGUUCAUUGGUAUCAACUCCCUCAGCACUGACUUCUCUGCACAAAAAGGAGUGAAAGGUCUGCCUCUAAACCUCCAGAUCGACACAUACGACAUCAGCUCAGGAAACAACCAGCUGAUCCACAGAGCCGCCUGCCAGAUCAAGAUUUUCUGCGACAAGGGUGCGGAGAGAAAAAUGCGAGACGAGGAGAGGAAGAGAUCCAAACGGAGGGGAAAGAACACUCAUGAUGCCAACACUAAGAAGUCUUCAGUGAAUAACAACAUCACCAGUGAGUUCACCAUCUUGCAAACCGUGGAUGACCACAUAACCCAGCCAGUGUUCUUCAUCCCAGAGACUCACCUCUCCGGGUUACAGCGCAUGGUCAUUCCGGCGGACGAUGGCGAAAGCAGGAGUUCUCUGAAGAGGCUGUAUCAGGACAGAGAGCAGAGCAGCUCCCCGUCCAGCAAACAGGCCCGCAGAGAAGACCCUCAGAGAGUUCUGCUGUAUGUAAGGACAGGCUCUGAGGAGGUGUUUGAUGCGCUCAUGCUCAGCUCGCCAACACUCUCCGGCCUGCGAGACGCUAUUUCAGAAAAGUACGGCAUGCAAAAAGACACCAUUGGGAAAAUCUACAAAAAAUGCAAGCGAGGGAUCUUCGUCAAUAUGGAUGACAACAUCAUCGAACACUACACCAACCACUCGGCUUUCCUCAUCGACGUGUCCGAGGCGCCGUCCGGCCAGUUCCAGAUCACUCUCAUUGAAGUAUGAGCAGCGCGCCCGGCGCCCGCCCGCCCCCCCCCUCUGAAGGAUGGACCCUUGCGGUUGCCAGUUGAAGCCAUCUGUUGAAGCACUGCCUGAUCGGAGUCGAAGUAAGCUACAAAUUGAUCAAGAAAAAAAAACAAAGACUCCGCUGAAUGGACCUCUCCUCUUUUUCUGGUUUCUGUUCAAAAAAGAAACGACUUUGUUAAUACAAUCCUUUUCGGUUCUUGAGUGUUUAUCAGUAUAAUGAAAUUGUCUGUAAAUAUUUAAUGUACAUAGAUUUUAAUAUAACAGUGUUUUUUUUCCAAUAGUCCAUGUUGCAAUCACUUUUUUUUACUAUUUUUUUUUUUUAUGUAUUUCAAAUUUUCAAACAUCUUUUUUUAAGUCACUGUUCUUGCUGCUUUCAGUGUAUUCAUCAUUUCUUCUACAGUGGUGCAUUUUCUUACCUUCAAUUUAGUAAUCCUUUUUUUUUUUUUUUACUGCCAAAAGUAUCUUCUUUUAGGUUCCUCUUAGUUUCAUGACUAACAUAUCCCAAAUGCCGGGUUGAAUUCAGAACCUGUAGUCAGACAUUUCCACCCAUAAAACCACACUAAGCGUAGUAUUGGCCAUCAUUUUGCCCAGAGCUGUGGACAUUUCCUGACUGUGCGGCGUAACCACAGAGCUUUGCAAGAAAACAGUUCAAGCCCUCUAAAACCUGAAACCAACCGGAGGACUUUGUAUGGCAUGCAUGUGUAAAAACUUUCGCAUUUCAAAGCAAAUCUGUAACCUGUAUUACUCAAAUGUUGUUUUGUAUGGAAAUAAAUGCAUUUAAUAAUA